GUGACGUCAUCUCUUUGCGCCAGCUGCACGGGUGGACCGGCCACAACAUCGCAGGGAUGUGAGGGAAAAUUGAACAGAAAUUGUAUUCACUCAAAUAGUCCAGUAAUCUAGAUUUAAUACAAAUAUGACCGACACUUUGGGAACCCAAACCGUUGAGGAGCGACUAGGCUGUCUACAAGAGUUGACCAAGUUCACAGAAAACUGUCAAAAACAGUUGAACGACAUACUUGAAACGCUGGGAUGGUCUCCUGAAUAUGAUGGCUCCGUUCAGGAGACGAUGGUCCAGUGUCCUUUCGACCCAAACCAUCGCAUCCCGGUCAGAUCCCUGGAGAGACACAAAUCCUCCUGUAGCCUCAGUAAAAUGGGCUACUCUGCUGAGGAGCAGGAAGGGAUGUACGACUCUUCAGUUUGUUAUGAGAAGUCAAACAUAAGAAGUGUCACAAUGGAUGAAGCUACGCAGCAACAGGUGAUCCUCAAGGCAAGAGCUGCUGCUCCGUUGAUGAGGAUGGAGGGAGUGUUCUGGCAAGGUGAGUACACUAGCCAGCCCUUGGACGUGCCCCAGAACCACAAGCGGGCGCUCUGUGACCUCACGGUGGCCGACCGGUUGGCUCUGUACGACCACGUGACCGGUGAGCUCAACCAACAGCAGCAAGAGGCCGCCGCCAACGAGGACCUCUACGUUGAUCUGGUGGCCAAACUCAAGAGGGACGAGCAGCAGGGAGAGCCCAAGUCGCACCUGGAGCUGAUGGCCGAGAAGAGAGACUACAAGAGGAGGCGGCAGUCCUACCGCGCCAAGAACGUCCACAUCACCAAGAAGUCCUACACAGAGGUCAUCAGGGAGGUGAUAAAAGUGCACUCUGGGGAGCUGGCCCGAGAGUGGAAAGAGGAGAGCUGCGAAGAGGAGAAGGAGAAGGCUGAGAAGAAGGAAAAGGAGCAGGUGAAGGAGGAGGAGGAGGAGAGGGGCUCAAUAAGCUCCUCAAAGAGGCGGCGGUCAGACGACGAGUGUUCGGAGUCGCGGGAGUCGCAGGCGUCCCACGACAGGAACCGGCAGCGCAGCCGGAAGCACAGCCCGGAGCGAGAGGACAGGAAGAGGAAGAAGAGAGAUUCAGGUUCUCCAGACGAGCGGCAUCACGAGCGGAAGAAGAAAAAGAAGAAGAAGAAAAAAGAUGAGAAGGAGAAGUAAUGCAGUGAUCAUCUUUCAAGAAACACAAACCAGAGCGGCUUCAUGCUGUGGGACAAACAUCACGCUCAAGGAUUACAAAUUAUGGACUCAAGGCUGUCAAUUGCAUUUAUCUUUUUUAUUUCUGUUCCUUUCUUCAUAAUUUCUGUUUCUUCCUUUACAUUUAUGUUUGUAUUAUUUUCAGACACCGCUUUUCAAAAGGGUGCUUUGAAUCUUGAGUUGUUGUUGACACAAGGUCGUCAAACGACCCCAUGACAAAUAAAGUUGUUAUCUCGUCACAGGUCAUCAGGUUUACAGCAUCCCUCAUUCUAGAUCUGCAAUUUAAAUCAACAUAUUUUUAGAUAACUUAUAUAUAUACAAUAUGGUCAGGUUUUCUUUACUCUACAAUAAUUACAAAAUGACAGUUCAAACACCUUCAGUGCGAUAUUUAUUUCAACUAAAUUGUUCUGUCUAUCUGGUAAGUGGGCGCCGCAUAACCAUAUUAGACUGAUACAGAUUUAAUAAUUAAAAAAAUAAGUCAGAAGUCUGUUGAAACACAUUAGGUUUAGGUUCCUGCAGUGAGCCAGUGUCCAUGAACAUCCAUUUCCUUUUCUCCUCGCUUCUUAAGAAUAUCUGGAACCAUAUUAGCACCAUUGCUCAAAUGUCUUUCCAUUCCCUGCUGCAGAAUACUUUCUGAAUCGUGUUAAUAUUGUCAAUUAAAAAUGUCAGACAGUAAAAUAUACAAUA